UCCAAGUGUUCUCCACUAUUCACAAAUAUCACUCUUCUCUUCCCACCCUCACCUCUCGACCAUGUCCUGGAUUGUACAAGACAUCCCCGCGCCCACAGCAACAGUAGCAGAAGCAGCAGCUCCUGUAUCGACACUUACAAAACGUUCGAACGCAAAGAGGAAAAAAAACAACACAGCUGCGACCUCUGCUCAGGAGAAUGGCCAGGAUGACUCUCUUACAAAUAACGAAACCGAUACCAAGGAGGAGGACAAAAAGAAGGAACUUUCAAAAUCACAACGCAAGCGUGCUCGUCAUCAGGGAGCUGCUAGCUUGACUGAGGACGAGAAGAACUGGAACAAGGUCUCGCUGUUCGACGUCCCCGCUCUACCAGAGCCUGAGGCCGAUCCUCUGAAGGGUAAGACUGCCAACAAGAAGAACAAGAACAAGGGCAGGGGCAAAAAUAAUAAUGUAGGAGGCAAGAAAUCACAGGGUCAGAUCGUCGUUGCAGACUAUGGAAAGCUAGACGAUUGGGGAUGGACACCUGUUGAGACUGAUGGCAUGAUAAUGGACGAUAUGGAAGGAUUUUUGUGCCUCGAGGAGUUGGACGGUGUGGAGGUGGACUAUGUAGGCACUGAAGAGACAGGAAGGACUGUGGUCUUUAAGCAUGAUCCCAAGACGGCAGCAGCAAAGAAGGGCAAACAUGUCAAACACUCUGAACCACUUGCAGUGAAGGAUAGCGAGGUGUACUACGACAUCGAUACCUUUGACGAGGAUGCUCUAGUGCAGCAGAAGCAACAGGGAGCAGAGGGAUCGCAGGAUGCAGAUACUGACAUGGCCGAGCCUAAGACGGACUUACAGGACAUGGAGGUAGACCCGCAGUCUGCAGAGAAUCAUCCUACCAAGACAGACGCAAAGACCAAGAAAACCAAGGAAAAGAGGGAUCAGAAGACAAAGGACGCUGCCCCUGCAACAGCAGAGUUGAAGGACAGUAAAAGCGAAUCACAGGAAAGUAAUAGCGCCGAGGAGGCAAAGGAUGGGGAGCCCAAAAAGCUGUCCAAGAAGGAGAAGCAACGUCUCAAGGUCGAAGAGCUCAAGGCAAAGCGUGCGGAGGCCAAGGCCGCUAUGGCAUCAUUAAAGGCAGAGGAAGGACCCAAAAAGCCAUAUGAUCCCAUGGAUGGUGUUGAUACAUCAUUCGAUAUCUCUGCGUGGAGCAAUUACAAUUUUGUGCCGAUGGUCCAGAAUGCGCUCAAGAAGCAAAAGUUCACAAAGCCAUCGCCUAUCCAGGAGCAGGCUCUUCCUUUGGGUCUUGCUGGACGCGACGUUGUCGGUGUCGCUGAAACAGGAUCCGGUAAAACAUUGGCAUUCGGUCUUCCAAUUAUUCAAUUCCUUGCACAGCAGGCCUUAGCAGCUGCAGAGAGUAAUACGCCAAUGAAGGAAACCUUGACAGCAUUGAUCUUGACACCCACCCGUGAGUUGGCUAUCCAGGUCAAGGAUCAUUUGGUGGCAUUCACUCAGUUUACAGGACACCAUGUCGUACCCAUUGUUGGAGGCAUGUCUGUCCAGAAGCAGACACGCCAACUGGACCGUAACCCAGCCGUCAUUGUCGCAACACCAGGACGUCUCUGGGAACUGAUCUCGAGUAACCCCACAUAUUCCGGGCGACUGACCCAUGUCCGAUUCUUGGUUCUCGAUGAGGCCGAUCGCAUGCUCGAAUCAGGACACUUUCAGGAACUCUCCAGUAUUCUUAAGCUGCUGGAGCGCAAGCGUGAAAAGACCAGUGAUUGGGAACAACAUAUCAAGGACGACGUUGACAAGUCAGAGGAUGGCACCAUUGUACCAAAGUCGAUUGCCAGGACAGAUUUCGAGCACAACCGUCAGACAUUUAUCUUUACUGCCACGCUCAGCCAGGAGCUCAGUUUGAAUCUGUCCAAAAAGAGAAACCAUGCUAAGUCUGCAGAGCAGGGUUCAGAGGGCUCCAUGGAGGACCUGAUGGAGCGUAUCGAAUUUCAUGAUGAGUCGCCGGCGUUUGUCAAUAUUGUCUCGGACAAGAUCCUGGCGUCCACGUUGCUCGAGGCCAAGAUCGAUUGUUUGACGGCGGAGAAGGAUCUUUACCUGUACUACUUUACGUUGAAGUACCCUGGCCGCACUUUGGUCUUCGUCAACUCGAUCGACGCGAUCCGCCAUCUGGUGCCAAUGAUGCAGUUACUGGGCGUGGAUGCUCUGGGAAUGCACGCGCAGAUGCAGCAGCGCCAGCGUCUCAAGAACUUGGACCGGUUCAAGUCGAACCCGCGCGCUAUCAUGAUUGCUUCUGAUGUAGCUGCUCGUGGUUUGGAUAUUCCCAUGGUUGAUCAUGUCAUCCACUACCAGGUUCCUCGCUCCGGCGAUAUUUACGUCCACCGAAGUGGACGCACGGCUCGUGCGCAGAACGAGGGUAUCUCGCUGUUGAUCUGUGGGCCGGACGAGGUGCAAUUGUAUCGCAAGAUCUGCUUGACCCUGAAGAAGGACAAAGGCAUCGCGGAUUUCCCGAUUGACCGUGGCGUGAUCAAUGAAAUGAAGAAGCCCGUUGCUCUGGCCAAGAAGAUUGAUGAGCAGGAGCAUCGCAUCCAAAAGGCUGCUCAUCAAGACGACUGGAUGCUCAAGUCUGCAGAGGCCAUGGACAUUAUUCUGGACGAGGACAUUUUGAAUGCAGGACCCAAAUCCAAGGACAAGGAUGAGGACAACUCUGCGAUGACAGGGCGCAAGAACAAAAUCAAGGCAAUGCGCGCGGAGCUCAAGGGCAUGUUGCAGAAGCGUCAUAUGCCGCAGGGAGCGAGUGCCAAGUACAUCACCAGUGGCUCCAUCCGCGACCUGGCAGAUCGUCUCCGGAACCAUGAGAACCAUAACCCGUUGAUGCCAGCACAUGUCAAGUCGACGGCUUUAGAGGAUAUUAAGGCGCAAUCUGGAGGCAAAAAGCAUACCAAGGCUCAGUAAAAUAGAGGGAUCAGACGAUACCCGAUAGUACCCUUUUAUUUCAUAGCGCAUCCCACUCACACUUGCAUCUUGUUAGCAUUUUUUUCCUGCACGC